AUGAGCAGAGGUGGCUUUAGAGGUGCUCGUGCACCACCAAGGCCUGGAGGAGCGUUUAAUGAUGGUGUGUUUUUUUGUUGGUUUUCUUCUACUUUUAGGGACUCAAACUGAAGAAUUCUUUAAAAAUUUGAAAAUAAGGGGUUUUUAAGUUGGUUUAGGUAUUUUUCGGGGUUUUUGCAGAUUUUGAUAUUGCUUAUGCUUCAAAACCAAUGUUGUUUGUACAAGUGAAGAUUUUGUAGCUUUUUUACAAUAUUAAGGUUAUUUUUAGACACUUUAUUUCAAAGUAAAAGCAAAAACAGAAUCAUAUAUACCUAAUAACUUAAUAUAAAGUUAAAUUUUAUUUUUUAAGAUGACAGCAGCCCAUUCGGCAAUCAAGAAGAAGAAAGCAGAGGCAGCAGUAGAGGUCCCGAAUCAAAUGGCUAUAAUGACACUCGAGGAGGCAAUAACAGCUACAACGACUCUCGAGGAGGCAAUAACAGCUACAAUGACACUCGAGGUGGUAACAAUGGCUAUAAUGACUCUCGGGGCGGUAAUCAAAACUUUGGUCGUGAAAGUCGUGAUAGCAAUCGAAGUGGCUUUGGCGAUAAUUCGGAUGGAAAUCGUGAUGGUUUUGGACCUUCAAAAGGAAAUUUUGGUGGACGAGGCGCACCUAAUGCUGGAUUUGGCAGUGGUGGCUCGGAGAACUUUGGUGGCCACGGAGGGUUUGGCGGAAGCCGAGGCGGUCAGGAAAAUAGUUUUGGCAACCGAGGAAAUCAAGAUAACAGCUUUGGCAACCGUGGACAAGGCAACGGCUUUCCGGGACCAGGACAAGGUUUUAAUUUUAAAGGUAAGUAUUUUUUUAAAUUUUUUUUAAAUUUAGAAAACAUUAUAUUAUCUUAGAUAUAAGAGACAUUGUUUUACCCAUAUAAGAGACAUUAUCUUACUCAUAAAAAGUUAAUAAAAUUGUGUUAUUUCAGACAAUUCAAACAAAGGCUUUGGGAAUCAAGAAGAAGAUACUCGAGGAGGAGGUCGAGGGCCAGGAUCCAACAAUACCUUUGGCGCAAGUCGAAAUGAAGGAUUUGGCAAUAACCGCGGCGGGUUUGGCCGAAACGAAUCAGACUCUGGCUUUAACCGAGGCCGAGGAGGAAGAGGUGGCUUCAGCAGCCGAGGAAACUUUGGCGGAGAUUCAGAAGGCGGUCGCAGCGGUGGUUUCGGCGGACAAAGCGGAUUUGGACGUGGUGGCUCAGACAGUGAAGGAUUUGGCAGCCGUGGAGAUGGAUUCGGCGGAGGCAGAGGAGGCUUUGGCGGAGGCUCAGGCAGUGGAUUCGGCGGACCUUCAGAAGGCGGCUUUAGUGGUCGUGGCGGAGGUCGUGGUGGCUUUUCAGGCCGCGAAGGAUCAGAUAACAGCUUUGGAGCUCGAGGAGGAUUUGGUUCCGACAGUGGAUUUGGCGGAGGUCGCGGAGGAUUCGGCGGAGCUUCAGAAGGCGGCUUUAGUGGUCGUGGUGGCGGAUUUGGCGGAGGGCGUGGCAAUUUCGGAGGUCGCGGAGGAUCAGACAACAGCUUCGGCGGUCGAGGCGGAUUUGGUUCCGACGGUGGAUUCGGCGGAGGUGGGUUCCGCGGAGGCCGAGUUGGAGGCUUUGGAGCUGCACCAGCCGGCUUUGGUGGAUCUGGAGGUAACACAGCACCGCUUGGAGGUGGCUUUAGUUCAGGUUUUGGAGGAGCUUCAUUCGGACAGCCUGGUGAAGACAGAAGCAGUCUUUUCGGCUACAGAGGUGGGUUUGUUUUCUAAAAUGUUUAAUUUAAAUUGUCUUUUUAGUAUUUUUUAUUAAAAUAUUUUUAAUUUUAAAAAUAUCUGUUCAGGUGACAGACCUAGACAUGAACCUUUUGAACCAGAAGCAAAAACGGCCGAUGAUUACUUCAAAGAACAAUGUUCAAUCGACGAAGAUGAAUUGAACAUGGAGGAAGAUGGUGAAGUAACAAGGAAAGGCGGCCCGGAAGUUGAUAGGGUUAUUGAGUAGGUUUUUUCAAUUUUUAAGUUUUUUUAAAUAAUGGUUAAAAUACGUUCGAAACUUUAUUUUGUUAUUUUAAACGAAUAUUAACAUAAAAUACUUGUAGAACAUGGGAAGACGCCGAACUCGAUGAACAAAUCCUAGCCAACAUUAAGCGUUUAGGCUACAAAGCCCCACGUAACUUCCAAAAGCACGCCAUACCCGUGAUCCUCGAUGGCUUCGACCUAAAAGGAAAGUCAGAAACAGGAUCCGGUAAAUCGGCCGCUUUCCUGAUUCCAAUCGUUCACAAAGUCAAAAAGCUACUGGAAGAAGAAAAGGACCGUGAGGAUGGUGUUAUCAGAAUGAAUAAACCAAGAUGCCUCAUCUUAUCACCAACUCGAGAAUUGGCCGAACAAUUGUAUUGCGAAGCCGAAAAGAUUGCCAACAGAACGGGUGUUCGUGUAGCCAGAGCCUACGGUGAAAUCAGCGUCAACCUCAGUCGUGAACAGACCAGCAAGUGCCACAUCCUGGUUGGAACGUUCGGUCGGCUCAUACACUUCCUCGUCCAACAAUAUGUCGACUUUUCACUUCUAAAGUACUUUAUAAUGGACGAGGCCGAUGAAUUGGUCGGCUACGACAAUAUACCUCAACUGAAUGCUAUCGUGCAGCACGAAACCUUCCCGAAGCCGGCGGAUCGUCAAAGCAUCUUCUUUUCGGCCACCUUUGAUGAUAUUCAAAAUGAAACCAUUGAUGACUUGUGCAGGAAAAAGGAAUGCGUAUAUCUGGAAAGUGCGGCUCCAUUGAACAAGAGAAUCGUUCAGGAGAUGGUGUGUGUGAGAGAAAGUGACAAAGAUCAAUAUGUUCAUGAACUGUUGAAGAAAGGUAAGGUUGGGGGCAGGAAAGUUUGGUCUGGGACAACACUUGCUCAAAAAAUUGUUGUGAGGCAAAAAAUGGCAGGAACUUUGUUUACAAUACGAAAAAUAGAAAGAUUUUUCUUUACAAAACAAAAAAAUGGCAAGAACUUUCUUUACAACUCAAAACUGGCAAGAGCUUUCUUUACAAAACAAAUUUAAAAUUUAAAAAAAAAUUUCAGAAGUAGAAGAGAAAGGCAAAGUCGAAAAAACCCUCAUUUUCGUAUCAACACGAAAGGAAUGUGACGGUUAUGCUGGUUACCUAAGUUUAUCCGAUGUCAAGUCAACUACAGUCAACAGCGACCGAACUCAGAAACAACGUCUCGAGUGUUACAACCAAUUCAAGAACGGUGAUGUUGACGUGAUUGUGGCGACAGACGUACUAUCCAAAGGUGCAGACUUUCCAAAACUUAACAGAGUUAUCAUCAAGAAUACCUCAAAUCAUCAGGACCAAAACUACGUACACAGGAUCGGACGUACCGGCCGUACACGUGCCGGUCUGGCCAUUGUUUGUAUCGACCCGACGUUGGAGGCGGAUCAAAAUGUCGCGAAGCAGGCGGUUGAGGUGGGUUGGGUUUGGUUAAAAUGGUUUUUUAGUUUUGUUUUGCAUUGGAAAUGAGGUUUUUUAUGGAUUUUAUAAGUUGGGUUACGGUAGGGUAUUGUAAUUGAAAAAAAAAUUGAAAUUUAAAAAAUUUUUUAAUUUUUUUUAAAUUUAGUAUUUUUGUUGUUAAUAACGUUCACAAUUUUGUUUUUAGUACUUGAAAAAAUGCGGCAAAGAACCUCCAGAGUGGAUGCUUCACGUUGGUGAGGAUGAUUUUGUACCGCCUUAUGUGGAAACAGAAGAAGUGGUCCCAGACAGUGCAGCGAAUGCUGAAGCCAAACCAGAUGGUGAGAAGGCGGCCGAUGACGAACCCCUUUUUUAA